AUGGCUUUCCUCCGCUUAUUCUUCCUCCUCUUCGCUUCCGACCUCCUCCUCCUCCUCGGCCCUGUCGUCGGCCUCUGCGUGCCUCGCAACGCCUCGGUCACCUUUGAAGUGGCAUCCUCCCCGGUCGGCUCACCACUCAAAUUUCAAAGCGCUCCGGCGCCAGCCAAACAGCAAAGUUCUCCGGCACCCCAACCUCAAACUCCUGCACUGCCGCAGGAUCCUACUGCUAUUUCGUCCGUCGCUGGUGUGGCAGGCGGCCUUCUCCCGCUGCCUCCCCUGCUCAACGCAGCGGUGGCCGAGUUUUGCAAGAAAACCGACUACCCGGAGCAGUGCCAGUCGUCGGCGCAGCAUUUCCUGCCGGCGGUGGGGGAGGCCAAAGCCGCUGCACUCGUGGACACGGUGGCGUUUCUGAAGGUGCAAAUGGCGGCGUGUCGGGCGAAGGCUGAGGCGGCACAGAGUUCGGUGGCGGCACUGCUGAAGCAGCCUGGGAUGAACCCGAUGGUGGCGAGCACGCUGCAGGUGUGCGACGACAGCUACAGCGACGCGUUCGACAACCUGGACGCGACUGACAAGGCGGUGGAGGCGCGCGACAAAGGCACCAUCAACAGCAUGCUCUCCGCCCUCGUCGACGACUUCUCCACCUGCGAGGAUGGCUUCACCGAGAUGCAAGAUGCCUCGCCCCUCGCCGCCUUCGACGGCGCGCUCUCAAAGCUCGCCAGCAAUUGCCUUGCCAUCGCCGAUUUGAUCUGA